GUCUGCUGUCCGACCAAGUUGAACUCUGCGUAUAUACAGUUAUUUGAGUCAUUACUGCUCUCCUUCAUGUCAUCAAAAAAUAUGACGUUUGGAUCGCCAACCAUCCAAUCGCGUCAUUCAUCAGUUCAAGAGUCUCAUCCCUCACCCACAUCUUCUAUAUUCGCAGGCAUAGACGAUGAGCUCCGUGAUGCCUGGCGUGUUCAUUCUCAUGGUCAGGAAGAAGAUCUCAGAUAUGCCCUUGAUCGUGUAAUCAAGAGAGUGGAAGAGCUAUCGUCCUUGCUCAAGAUCGCGUACAAGACUCAAGCGGAACUAGAGACAUCACUGAGCGUCGCAAAAUCUAAUCUACAACUUAUGAUGUCCAACAAUGAGAUGCUCGAAGAAGCUCUCAACCGUGAAACCCCCUCCAGCGCGAAAGAUGUCGGGUGGCGGCGCUGGAGCGCACGAGAAGCGCAGAACAUGCAACGUGUAUCAGAGGAAGAAUGUCGAAGGAGUCUCGAUUAUGGCCCUUUGAAUGAGUCGGGCGCGCCAUCCCACCCCGCGAAUACUCCAUCAAUUGCUGUCAAUGGUAUAGAGCCAUCUCCAACUACCUCUUCUCCGGCGACUUCAUCUGCAACCUCCCAGAAUAACCAGGAGGGUCGUUUCUUCGGAUUCAGGUUCAAUAGUGGAUCAAAAUCGCCUGCUGCUCAUUCCAUUCAAAAACACACUUCUCAUUUAACUUCACCUUCCUUGCCAACUCUUAUAGCAAGCACGAGAGAGAAAGAACUUCUGGAGCUUCGAGAGCAGCUUGAACGGGAACGCCUUGCACAUACAUUAGCGACUGCAGAGAAGGCUGCUAUCGAAGCUGAGCUAGAGUCCUUGUCACAAGCACUCUUUGAGGAGGCAAACAAGAUGGUCGCGACCGAGCGUAUCAAACGCGUCGAGACAGAGGAAGAACUACAAGAAGUGCGGUCAGAAAAGGAUGCGCUCAAGGAAGCACUACGACUGAUUGAAGUCGAAAAUGGUCGACUUCGGGGUGCGCAGCUUUCUGCAGGAGAGGUAUCGGAUAAAACUCUACAACCGCCAUCUUCGCAUUCUCGAAGUUCUUCGCGAGACGCAAUAAAGUCGCCGCCGACAUCUCCUUCACCCUCAUCCCCGGCUGUUGAUGAUGUUGCCGUAACCUUGGCACUUCCGUCAAGUGCCGCCUCGUUUACUCCAGAUAAUCCGGAGCAUCUUACAGAUUUCACCCUUGAGCCAGCACCGAAACCUCCAUUUGUGGCGUCACACCGAAAAACGCAAUCCGUGGAGAAAGCGACCUCCAACCUUCCAGACAAUUCUCCUCCCCUGGGUUUAGGCUUCGCUAGCCCGACAUCAGUAUCCUUUAUACCUGAUGAACCAUCCCCUUGGGGCUGAUCUUAGCACAUAUCCCGAAGCUUGUUAAUAAUAUCCACUUUUGAUUAUUGUAGCCAUAGGAAUCUCAUUUGCCCAUCACAGUGAA